AUGAACUGUCAUUUGUGCGCACAAAAGACACUCCGACUCUUCGUUCGCUCUGUCACAUAUGUAAAGCCGUCAUUUGGCACACGACAAGUGCACAACAAGUACAGCCGGCCAUCAGAUCCCUUCCCUGACGCUCGUCCAUCGCACAGGACACGCGACGCUCCCUCAAGGUCGCCAAAAGCAGUCGCAACCACAACCUUCGAUGAGAGCACAGCAGAAUGGACGGAGGGGCGCUCGAAUCGUCCAGCGUGGCAAGCCGAGAAGGAGGCCAUGAAGAGGAAGCUCAACGGAGAAGCCUGGAAUCCGCGCAAGAAACUGUCGCCUGACACCAUGGAAGGCAUACGGCAUCUGCAUCAGACCCAACCUGCCAAGUUCACAACACCGGUACUCGCCGAACAUUUCAAGGUUUCAUCCGAAGCCAUACGGCGCAUUCUGAAGAGCAAGUGGCGGCCGAGCGACGAGGAACACGAUGAGCGAAUGCAGCGCUGGGAUAAGCGAGGCGAGAGGAUCUGGUCGAACCUGGUGGAGAUGGGCAUCAAGCCGCCGAAGAAGUGGAGGGACAUGGGUGUUGGUCGUGCGGACAAUGGUAAUAGACGGCCUAUUUGGAAGUCAAGGAAGAGGAACCAGAUCGAAAUCAAGGACAGCGCUCCUGAAACAUUUCUUCCCGAGGAAGAUAUUAUACCGACCGUCGACGCGUCGGGGAACCGAAAGACGAAGACAAACAUACCACUGUCAGACAGGCUAUAA